UAAGCUUUAUUUGAUAGUUUUAUUCUACUUUUCAUGUAAGUAGUCGCAUGUCUAUAGCAGCAUCUGACAACUAAGGAUUUUUCGUUUUUGUCUUUUUUUAAUGGCAAGCGGGGAAACAAUAAAGUAACUUCAUAAUUGAUACCACGUAAAUUACAUUAAAAGAACUAAUAAAAGGCGUACUCGUUGCUUGGCAACACUUGUUGUCAUUCCCAUCGUCAUUGUCAUUAAUCAUUAUCAUUAUCAUCGACAACAACACAAUUGUUAUUGAAGAAAGAAUUAAGCAGGUGAUAUACGUUUUCAAUUAGAGGCUAAUUUUUCACACAAUAAUGCCCUCAGACCUGGUUGGUAAAUGGAGAGUGUCUUUAGCUGAUGGUGUACAUGACUUAGAAUUUGAACAUGGAACGACUUCUGGCAAAAGAGUUGUUCGCGUUGACGGGAAGGAGAUUUACCGUGUGGACUGGUUGUUUAAGCUGGUCGGUGGAGUCCAAUUCAACAUUGGUAAGACCAAAUGUGUUAUUAACAUCGAUGCAUCCAAUGGAUUUUCUUACCAAUACACCUUACAAGUGAAUGGACAAGACUAUGAAAACUUCAUGGAAAACCAACGCAAGAUCAUGAAAUCAUGGAUUGUCAACGUUGCUGAAAACCCUAUCAGAAUUACCCUCGAAAAGGACACUCUUGAAAUCUGGAUCAAUGGAGAAAAAGCCAACCCAACAGCAGAAUUUGUGGAUGGUGGAACAGAGACCCACUUCGAAAUUUGUGACCAUUCUGCAUACAUCCGAGCAUCAAGUAGUGGCAAUCGUAGGUCUGGUAUUGUUUAUUCUCUGUUUGUGGAUGAGCAAGAAAUAGCUCCAGUCAGCCUUGAUGAUACGUAACUUAUACUGACCUGAUGAAGUUUCUUAUACUUCUUUGGUGUGUGUUUGUAAUACUGUUUUUUUGUCUUUUUUGUAAUACCAAUUUACAAUAGAAGAAAGAGGAUAUAUAUCUAUAUCUAU